AUGGAGGAGGCAGAAAAUCAACCUACAAAUCACAAUCUAGGGGACCAACAAGGUAAUGGUAAUACCACUACGGAUACCCAAUCUCACCAGCUAUCAUUCAGAGACAUGGUACGAGGCCCACAACAACCCCAUGGUGAGUCUCAAAUACCAUACCCAGAUGAGGAUGAUGAUGUAUCUGAUGAUGAUGUUGGACCAGAGGAUUACAUACAUGAUGAGCGGUGCCCGGUUAUACUGUUAUCAAAAGAGGAAAAGAGACGUAUGCGCCGCCCAUGGAAAAACUCCCUAAUCAUCAAGAUGUUUGAUGGCAAAUUAGGUUAUAUGGGACUUAUGAGGAGACUUAAAAAGAAAUGGAGCAUUAAGGGAGAGCUUUCCCUAACUGACAUAGGGUGCAGAUAUUUUAUUGCAAGGUUCACUAGUGAAGCAGAUUACAACUUUGUAAUCACGCAGGGCCCAUGGAUGUUAGACGACUGCUACCUAACAAUUCGUAAGUGGGUGCCGAACUUUGUUCCAGAUGAUGCUCCCCUAAAAAUACUUACUGCUUGGGUGAGAAUACCCAAUCUCUCGGUAGAGUACUUUGACAUCAACUUCCUCCAUAAAAUUGGUUCUAAGAUUGGAAAGUUGAAAGGGAAGGUAUGGAGAGUGCAAUAUGAGGGGAUUAAGAUGAUAUGCUUUAAAUGUGGGAUCAUGGGACAUAAUGAGGAAAACUGCCCAACCUUGCACAUUGAAAAUCAGGCUGCCAUGAAGAUAUUCACACCCGGUUGA